AGAAGAUUUCUCGCCGGUGGUCGGGGGCAACAAGGGGAACGAAGGGACUGAAACGUAAAACACUCCACCCUCAUUUGACGAGCACGACGAGGCUGAAGGGAUUUCAGUGACAAACCCCCUUCACGCUCACUGCAACUCGAGAAAAACCUGCUCUUCAUCUCCAUUACCGAUCAAAUACCUCUACUCUGACAGCGGCCUCUCCUAAUUUGGAGUUUCUGAUAAAAAUGUUGUCUGCUUACGGUCGAAAAUUUCCAUGGCGAUCCAUCAGAACCCUCUCCCACAUGCUCCUCAACCAAAGGAGGGAGGUGCUAGCUAGAAGCAGUACCUCUGCACACAAUGUCAAUUUGCGCAGUUGUGAUGUAAGUUCUGGCAAGAUGUGGAGUUCGUUUAAUGGAGCUCGUUGUUUUUCGGCCAAGAGUAUGAGGAGCAAAGUGGAGAAAAGGAUGCAAAGGGAGUCGGGCAAAACCCUCAGGGAAAUUCGAAGGGCGAAAAAGCUGAGGAAGAAAUUGAUGACUGAUGAGGAACGCCUUAUCUACAAUCUCAGAAGGGCAAAGAAAAAAGUGGCUUUACUUCUUCAAAAGCUGAAGAAGUAUGAACUGCCCGAGCUUCCAUCCCCUCGCCAUGACCCGGAGCUUUUCACUCCCGAGCAGUUGCAGGCGUACAAAAAGAUUGGAUUCAAGAACAAAAACUAUGUGCCAGUUGGCGUUCGUGGGGUCUUUGGAGGGGUAGUUCAGAAUAUGCACCUCCACUGGAAGUUCCACGAGACUGUGCAAGUUUGCUGUGACAAUUUCCCGAAGGAAAAGAUUAAGGAGAUGGCUUCUAUGCUGACGAGAUUGAGCGGGGGCAUUGUGGUCAAUAUUCAUAACGGGAAGACUAUCAUUAUGUUUCGUGGCCGGAAUUAUCGUCAGCCGAAGAAUUUGAUUCCUAUCAAUACCUUAACAAAAAGAAAGGCACUCUUCAAGGCACGAUUCGAACAGGCCCUCGAUUCCCAAAAGCUCAACAUAAAGAAAACCGAGCAGGAGCUUCGCCGGAAAGGGGUAAACCCGGACGACCCAGUUGCCAUGGCCAGUAUCCAGCGAGUGGCCUCCACAUUCUUCAACGCCAUCGACAAAAGAGAAGGCAGUCCUUACGUUUUUCGUGAGGAUCGGACAAGAACAACAACAAAGCCCGCCGAUCCCGAACAAGUCUCCCAACGGGCUCGAGAAUCUGGAGAAGUUGAUGAGGACAGUGAUCAAGAGGAGCUUGACCGUUUUAUUGCGGAGAUUGAAGAUGCAGCCGAUAAAGAGUGGGCCAUGGAAGAAGAGGCUGAGAAGGAAGAGCUUCACCGGAUUAGGUAUUGGAACAGAGAGGAUUUUGGGCUUAGAUUCGUUAGGCCCGAAAUGAAUAGAGUCGAGGGCUCGGAUGAUGAGAGUAUUGGAAGGAAAAGGAAUUGGGAGGAUGAAGAUGAAGUUGGAGAUGCUGAUGUGGAUUUUUCGGAGAUGGAUGACAAUGAAUGGGAUUCUGAUGAUGAUGAUGACAAUAAAAAGAAUACUUUUGCAGAAGGGAAUUAUAAGAAUUUGCGAGUACGUGCAGGGAGUAACUACAGGAGAGAGUCAAAGUCAAACAGGAGGAGUGAUGAGACGGUUGAAUGGGAGUCAGAUGCCACGUCAGCAGAUGAAUCUUGAGAUCAUGGUGUUGACAGUGAAGGUGGAAAACAAAUUUUGCUGGGGAUGCGAAGAUUUGAAGAAAAUGAGUGGCUCAAUGGAUUUUGAUCAUGGAUGUAAAUGUAAAUACGUGUCGAGAGGAAUGGAUUAGCAGUUGAAAUUUAUUAAAAACGAACCCGGGAGGGAAGGAGAUUUACUUGUCUGAAUAUGGUGCUUCGUUUGGCUAAAACACCGAUGUUGAGAUAAUUUAUUGCUUAUGAUUUGACACUGUUUCAUUUUUGUCUCACCUGUAAGGAAACUAGGUUUUCUUUGCUGUUGCAAUUUCACACAGUUAGAAUUGUGGGAAGAUUGUUGCUGUAUGGAAAAAUUGGAGUUACCGAUUACUCAGAUACAAUAGAACUAAUCGAACCCUCGAUAUUCGAGCAUUGAUAGUUGUUGUAUUCCUGAGGAUGAAGAUUUUCUUAUUUACAUAUUCUCUUCUGGUGUACUAUGUUUUGAACAGUGUUUUGUAUUAUGAAUGAUUUGCCUGUGUGCCAUCAUUCAGACCGAUUGUUUGUACGCAUACCCUUUCGACCGAUUGUACUUUCUUAACCGUUUGAUCGAUACACAUUCAUGAUCCUACAGUUUGGAUAGUCAAACCUUCCCAUU